UCCCCAAAAGUGUGGAGCAAAACUGGUCGAGAAGGAAGGAACCGCACCAGUCCACAUUCCGCACGCACCCACCUCCGUCGACUGCAAAACCUCCGGCGAUGGCGUCGCUGCUCGCGAAGCGCUCGAGCUCCUCCGUCCUCGGCGGCCUAUGGACGGCCGCGGCCAGGACCUACGCCUCGGUCGCCGUCGGCGGCGACAUCGUCUCCGCCGCGCCGGGCGUCUCCCUCCAGAAGGCUCGGAGCUGGGACGAGGGCGUGUCCUCCAAGUUCGCCACCACACCUGUCAAGGAUAUCUUCGAGGGCAAGAAGGUGGUGAUUUUCGGACUCCCGGGUGCAUACACUGGAGUUUGUUCACAGCAGCAUGUGCCUAGCUACAAGAAUAAUAUCGAUAAGUUUAAGGCUAAAGGCAUAGACUCUGUGAUUUGUGUGGCUGUCAAUGACCCCUACACCAUGAAUGGCUGGGCUGAAAAUCUCAAAGCAAAAGAUGCUAUCGAAUUCUAUGGGGAUUUUGAUGCUAGCUUCCAUAAGAGCUUGGACUUGACUAAAGAUCUCUCAGCAGCUUUGCUUGGACUUCGCUCUGAAAGAUGGUCAGCUUAUGUGGAGGACGGGAAAGUGAAGGCUCUCAAUGUGGAAGAAGCUCCAUCCGACCUCAAGGUUUCUGGUGCCGAGGUUAUUCUGGGACAGAUAUGAGGAAACCUUCUCUUUCGCAAUCCUUCAAGGAGCACUUGCUUACUGAUAAGGCACGACUCUGAGAGAAUGUCAUGACUAGCUGCUGUGUCCAUUGUUGCACAAGUUAAAUGAGAUUGUCUGUUCAUCGAUACUGUUUUAUCAGGGUUAGAAUGGCAAAUUGCAGCUUGACUAUGAGGUAUCAUAAGAAUAAGUUGAUUGUGAACAACUUUUUUGUGCUCUUAUACCAAAAUGAAAAAUUUUAUCAAUGCUUUCUUCA